UCUGACCUCAUCGUUCUCGACGACGAGCUCGUCACAAAUGGCGACAGACUUUUGGGCUAGCUCCCACUAGUAAGCACGCGAUGGAUUGUAAACCGGGCGGUACUCAAGCAGGCACGCGCAGACGACCUCGUCUACGUGUCCGACCCUGAACAUCUAGACUUUUUGGCCAUCUAUUUCGCCAACAUUAUCACCAGGUUGGGGAAGAAAUUACAACUAAGGCAGCGAGUGAUUGCGACCGCUACCGUCUUCUUCAGGCGAUUCUACCUCAAGAACGCUUAUUGUGAGACUGAACCGUUCUUGGUCAUCUCAGCCUGCAUCUAUGUCGCUGCUAAGGCUGAGGAAUCACCCGUGCACAUCAAGAACGUGAUCGCAGAGUCGAGGAGUCUUUUCAGCCACCACUAUGGCGUCAAGAACUUUCCCUCUGACAACUCCAAGCUAGCAGAGAUGGAAUUCUAUCUCGUCGACGAUCUCGAAAGCGACCUCGUGGUGUACCAUCCAUAUCGCACACUGCUCGCCCUAUGCAGAACGUCUUCUGGCGAGGACUCUGAUGGUGAGGAGGGCGAAGAAGGAGAAGAGGAAGAAGCUGGCGAGUUGGGUGGCAACCACGGUGCUGGUGUGGGUAUAGACAAAGGAUCGCGGUACUGGGGAACAGGCGAAGGAAAACUCGUCCUGUCCAAAGAAGCCCUUCAAAUAGCCUGGUCUAUCAUUAACGAUACCUACCGUUCUGAACUUUGCCUUCUCUACCCCCCGCACCUUAUCGCCAUCGCCGCACUCUACCUUACGUUCAUCCUCCACCCGCCAGAUCGCACAUCUAGCACCGACACCGCUGAUAGCCACGAGGACGAGAAACGCCAGCCCCGCCGGUCUUCCCGACAAGCCCACCACCACCACGCACCCAAACCACCCGCCAAAAAUCCCGACCCCAUCACCUUCCUCGCCCAACUCAACGUCUCCCUGCCUCUAGUCGCCACCAUCGCCCAAGAAAUCAUCUCGCUCUACACGCUAUGGGAACGAUACAAGGAGGACGGUGCCGCUGAUGCACCCGUCGCCGGUCUAGCGAGCAGCUCGAGCAAGAAGAGUAUAGCUUCCCGCUCGAGCAGCCAUACCGAUCUCAAAGCUGGUCUCUUAUCAUCGAAAGGCAAACCCCGGAGCGGGGUACACGUCACCUCCGUCUCCAGCGAAACAACCAUCCCCGUCAGGAGCUCCCUGGAACGCGAGUCCCAGUCUGCACUCGCGCUCCCCUCCGCACCAGCGCCAGCGCCGAUAACCACCGCCUUCCUCUCCCAGAUCCUCCUGGACAUGCGGGAGUCGCGGCUACUCGAUCUGGCGUAUGGAGGUGAAGGCGAGUUGUUGGGUUUGCCCCCCAGUAUGGCGAGUUCGGUGGCGCUGCCGGGGCCGGGUGGUGUACCACUUGGUGGGCUGCAUGCGCAUGAUCAGGGUUCGGGGACGUCGUCUGCUGCUUCGUCGGUUAUGACUGGGGUGUCGAUGAAUCAGCAGUAUCACCUUAAUAGGGUGUUGGGGAUGAAUGCUUAUGGGUGAAAAAUCGUAGUUUUGCGUAUGGAUGUAUUAUUAGCUCUACAAUUCAAGCCAAUCAAUGUACCUUUAGCGCCCAUUCA